AUGUCGAUUAUAGAAAAAUGUGAUGGUUUGCCUCUCGCAGUCAAAGUAAUAGGUGGUCUUCUCCGCCAGAGAAACACAAGGCAAAGCGACUGGAAAAAUGUCCUAAAUGAUUCUACAUGGUUAGUAUCCCAAAUGCCUGAAGAUCUAAACUAUGCAAUAUACCUUAGCUAUCAAGAUUUGCAUCAUGAUUUGAAGUCUUGCUUUCUGCACUACGCCCUCCUCCCCAAGAGCACAAUUUUCUCGCAUGACUGCAUUAUUGCCAUGUGGAUUAGUGAAGGAUUUAUUCAUGGAAACUCACAAGAUUUUGAAGUAUUAGGAAGAGAGUACUAUGACCAGUUGAUAGCUAGGAACCUUCUAGAGCCUGUUCCAAGGUUUGUGGACCAGGGAGUUUGCAAUAUGCAUGACGUCAUUCGCUCAUUUGCUCAGUAUUUAGCUAGAGAUGAAGCAAUGAUAGCUCACAAAAGCGAGGCUGGCCUUAUCAAUUAUAUUAAUCCACAAAAUGUUUUUCGGAUAUCACUAAAAACCAAAGGAUCAGAGUCCAAUGAGCAUGGGUGGAGUUCUCUGCAAGCACAUAUAUCACUACGGACACUAAUUUUAGUUGGGGGAAUAAAAAUCAACCCAGAUGAUUCUGUCAUCUUUUCCAUGUUUGCAGACUCGACAUAUAGAAGAUGGAAAUUUCGAUGUAUUGUCAGAAUCCUUGUUCCAACUCAAACACUUGAGUGCAUUGACCUUUCUAAUUGUAAAAGUUUGGUGAAGCUUCCUGGUGGCGUUGGGAGGUUACAUCAGCUGAGGUACCUAAGCCUCUUUGACUCAGGUAUAAACAAUAUACCUAAGGGUUUGGGCGGCCUAACUAAUUUGAGAAUAUUGAAGGGCUUUCCAGCCCACGUGGAGGGUGAUUGCUGUAGUUUGGAAGAAUUAGGGUCCCUUAACCAGCUCAUGGUGCUUCAUAUACAUGGCCAUGGCCUGGAGAAUGUAUCUUCUUCCUCGUUUGCUAUAAAGGCCAGGCUUGGUGAAAAGGUGCACCUCAGCUUUUUGUACUUAGAGUGCACUAGUAGACGUGGAGGUGCUCAACGGUUGGUAAAACAUGAAGAGCAGCAAGAAACCGAGAAGGUGCUUGAUGAGCUCUGCCGUCCACCUUGCUUAGAAAAUCUAAAAAUUCAAGGUUACCUUAGUCAACUACUUCCACGGUGGAUGACGUCGACAGCAAUGGCGUCCCUUGGAAGCUUGAGGAAUCUAGCAAUGGAAGACUUGCCUUAUUGCGCGGAGCUACCCGAUGGUUUGUUCCAGCUCCCCAGCUUGGAGUUGCUACAGAUUGAAAGCGCCCCAGCCAUCAAGCGUGUUGGGCCAGAGUUCUUAAUACCACACCAUCAUGAGCUCCCAGGUGGUUCUGAUUUCAAAAAUUGA